AAACUCCAAAAGACGCCCUUUACUUCGUUUCUACUUCUCGCCGGCAACCAGUAUUUAAUCCGUUUCUCUUUUUUUUUUUAUAUUUCACUCUCCGUCCAAACCCGUCCAUCCGUUUCUCCUUCCUCGCUAGCCUAAGCCUGCUCGGCUGCUCCAGAGCCAUCUCCGAUCCAAGAUCUCCUCCGCCUCCCAUGGCCUCCACCCUCAUCAUCGUCGUCGUCUUCAUCUUCGAUCUCAUCGCCUUCGCCCUCGCCGUCGCCGCCGAGCAGCGCCGCAGCACGGCGACGUUGAUGACGGACUCGAAGAAGGAGUACACGUACUGCGUGUACGAUUCGGACAUCGCGACGGGGUACGGGAUCGGGUCGCUGAUCCUGCUGCUGGCGAGCCAGAUCGUGAUCAUGGCCGCCAGCAAGUGCUUCUGCUGCGGCCGGUCACUGCGCCCCGGCGGCGCUCGUUCCUGUGCCAUCAUCCUCUUCCUCCUCUCCUGGUUGACGUUUGUAAUAGCGGAGGCGUGCUUGCUGGCGGGAUCGGUCCGAAACGCGUACCACACCCGAUACAGGACGCUGUUUCGUGACGGCCCGCCGUCGUGCGAGAUGCUGAGGAAGGGCGUGUUCGGCGCCGGCGCCGCCUUCGUUUUCUUCACCGCCAUCCUUACAGAGUUCUACUACGUGUCUUAUUCCAAGGCCCAGAACACCGGCACGGCGCCCUACGCCAAGGAAUCCUCCAUUGGCAUGAGCCCCUACACUUAAUUAGACCGAUCUCCCUACGUCUACUGUUUCUUGCUCUCUGUAGUUGCUGUGUAUUCGCUGUCUUCUUUUGGAUUGUGGCAUUGGUUUGUUGGUAUACACAUCAUAUUCUUGAUUGUGGUCAUUUUGUUUGCUUUUUUGUUAUAAGAUGUGAAUUAUGUGUGCGGCAUGCAUAGGUUAAUGAUCUAUAUAUAUUUCUCUACAUGUAUUUACCUUCUAAAUUCUGUGUCAACUUUGAAAGGUUUUAUUUUUGUAUGAUA